AUGGCGGCAUGGAUGGGCGUGGAGGAGCGCGGCGAGACGCUGCGGAGCACCGCCGAGGAGCUCGUCGGCGAGGACGAGCUGCUCCCGCUGCUGCACGGCAACCCCAGCCCGGUCUGCCUCAACAGCUUCGAGCCCUCCGUCUCCGGCCGCGUGAACAUCUGGCAGGGUGUUGGGAAGGUGAUCAAUGUGAACAAGAUGGUGAGGGCCGGAUGCAGAGUGAAGAUCCUCAUAGCGGACCAGCGGACUGGAGCGAAGGACUCGAGCGAGAUCAGGGCCGCCGGUCGCCACGCGAUCGAGGUCUGGAAAGCCCUGGGCAUGAGCUCGGACGGGGUGGACUUCCUCUGGUGCUCCGAGGAGACGAGCAGGCGCGCGCACGAGUACUGGCCGCUCGUGAUGGGGAUUUCCCGGAACCACCGCGUCAGAUCGUUAGCGAGCAUGCAUGCGGAUCCUGAAAAUGUGGCGUGUAAUCAGCUCUUGGAGCCCCUCAUGAAGUGUGCUGAUAUACUCUUCCUCGAGGCAGACAUAUGCCAGAUGGGCGUGGAUCAACGAGAGGUGAGUAUGAUGGCUAGAGGAUACUGCGAGCACAUUGGAAGGGCAAAUAAACCAAUAUUUCUGUUGCAUCAUGUGCUACCUGGUUUCAAAGAAGGACAGCAGAGAAUGUCAGAGAGUGAUCCACUGUCAGCUAUUUUUAUGGAAGACACUGAGUCUGAGGUUACAAAAAAGAUAAAGAAGGCUUUCUGCCCUCCCAAGAUUACUCAAGGAAAUCCAUGCUUGGAGUACGUAGAGCAUAUCGUUCUCCCUUGGUUUAGAGAGUUCGAGGUGGUCCCACCUGAUGGCGGUAACAGCCGGACCUACGUAGGAAUUGAAGAACUCCGCGAGGAUUACGGCAGUGGCACUGUGCAUCCCCGUGAUCUGAAACUUGCUCUUGCAAAAGCAAUAAACCAGAUAUUGCAGCUUGUACGUGAUCACUUCGAGAAAAAUUGCGAAGCCAAAGGUCCGUGUGACGAUGUUAAGUGA